AUGGACAGGACUUCGAGUGGUAAUACCACACCCACAUCGGAUCAGUACUCUCUCAGCAAUGUGUCCAGCGUCUCUUCUUUGUCUUCUUCUAGCUUGCCAAAACGCUCUUCGAUGAAGUCGAGCAUAAGAUCGAGGCAUUCUACAACCAGCAUCAGAUCGUCGCCGCCAACUGUUCGAUUUGCAGAGCCAGAAUUGCCAUCAAGACCCAAGCCAACACCACUACAAUACCAGCGUCAACAAAACCAUCCACAACGCCACAGCGUCCAAUGCGCUCCAACGCGGUAUCGGUCACGACCUCCAUCAGUAGCCUCAAAUCCCGCCUCGUCAAGAUACUCUAUCGGUCCCCAGCCAUCCUCAACACUGCCACCACAUAACACGCGAUCAAGCCAACUCAACUUCAGCAAACCGCGUGCCAGCCAGCGUUUCUCUGCAUCAGUGCACUCUCUUCCCCCAAGCCGCCGGCAAUCCCACGCAAAAGCCCCAGAAGACUUUACGCCCCCCUCCCUCGCACUGGAGCGCCGCGUAUCUUCUUUCCAAUCCACCACUUCCACCUUCUCCGUGCAAUCUGCGCCCGCAGCGCUUCCCUCUACCACCCCACCAGGCCCGUAUAAUCCGCUAGAUAAUUACAUCCCCUGCCUAUCCCCAUCCUGCAGCACGCUUUACUCGCCCACGCAUCUCGGCUUGGCAUUCUACCUCCCGCAAGGCCCCUACUCGCUAUCCAAGCUACGAGGCUAUUGUCCCACGCACGCAGCGCAGGAUCUCAGGGAUGCGAAUGCGUGGUGUAAAAGUAACUACGAGCGUCUGAGGCAGAACGCUGGUCGCAAGACGCUGGGCGAGAUUGCGGGGGAGUUUGAGAUUUUCCUCGAAGAGUUCCGGCUGCAGAGGAAGAGCGAAGAGAAGGAAUUGAAUGAGAAGUUGAAACGACGGGUUAUUGGCUCUUCGUCCGGGGGUAAACAACCCCUCGACAGUGAGUGGCGAUGGGAAUUUACGACUCGACAUUGCACGCGCGCAUCAUGUCCUUCGCCGCGCUACUCUCCCUUCGCAAACAACCUUUACGCAUUCUACCAUCCCCAUAUCCAAACACAAUCCGAACCGUCUUCUUUCGCACCGCUCCCCACGCUCUGCCCUGAGUGCGCGACGAACGAAGUUGCUGCGUUUGAGCGCCUGAUUACGGAGAAGUGGGGGUCGAGGUUGUGGGGGGAGAGGUUUGAGGAGAAGGGGUUUUGGGAGGGGGCGCAGGAGAGGGAGGUAAGGGAGUGGGUUGCGAGGAGGGGGGAGAAGAUUGUGGAUGAGGUCAAGGUGGAGAAGGUGGAGGUGCAGGUGGAGAAGAGGAAGAAGGUUGGGGUGUUUAAGAGAUUGUUUGGGAAGGGAGGGGAGUGA